CGAGUACAAGUAACUUGCGUGCAUCGGUGCGCAAUUGACCCUAACGAGGCCCCUCCCCCGCUAGCAUCGCCCGGACAUCCCUGUCUUUGGUCUUCUCUCACUUGCAGCUUUCUCUUCCUCUCCACUACAACUGACACUACUGGUGCCGCUGCCAUGGGUCCUUCUUCCAACCCACUGUCCUCUCCUCCACGACUCCCUUCGCCUCCCCCCUUCACCGAAGUCCAAAUAUCACCUGUUCCGCUAUCCCUCUCCCUCUCCAAGUCUCCCGUGAGACCCGUGUCGAAUUCUGCCACUCGUCGCAUCCGGCCUGGCACCAAGUCUCGUCAUAUCGCCGCUGGGCCUCCUCUGGUUCCCCUUAGUGAACUCGAAUCGGCUUUCCAAUUGCAGGAGCAUUUGGCCUCUUUGCUCGCAGCUACCACUUCCCCGCCGGGCUCAGAUACCACAGUUCCCCUAUCCCGAGAGGCAUGUGAACGCCUGGCGACACCUCCGGAGGGUAUUGAGGAAUACCUGUGGUGCUAUGAACUCACUCGUCGUCUUACUAGGGAUCUGAAUAUUUUAUUGGUAGCUUUGCUCAAGGACAAUUGCACGGCCUCGUCUUGCCCUGAGAUGAGGGCAAGCGAAUGGCAGUACCUCUGCGCUGUACAUGAUCCCCCGCAGUCUUGCUGUGCAAUUGACUACUCUACCCAUACCCUGGACCAGGCUGCGACUAUGCUUUGCACUAAUCGCUAUUUCCCUAGUAGGUUGAGCCCUCAUAAUACCAGCGUCAAACACCUGGCGAGCAUCUUCAGGAGAUUGUAUAGGAUAUUUGCGCAUGCCUGGUUCCAACACCGAAGCGUUUUUUGGGAGGUGGAGAAUGAAUUCGGGUUAUAUUUGUUCUUCAAAACAGUAUCAGAAAAAUACAGCCUAAUCCCCGAGGACAAUCUGACUCUUCCGCCAGAGGCUGAAGGCUUAAAGUCUAAAAACUCUUUUGGCGAGGUGGACUCUGAUGAGGAAGAGAUCGAUGAGUUCGACCGUGGGGCUGGUAGCAGAGAACACGGACAGGAGUUGGAUGAGGAUGAGGACUAUCCAGAUAGCGAUGAAUCCGAAUCUGAUGAGGAGGAAGCCGACGGAGAAGAGGAGGGAGAGCUUGAAAUUGAGAACAGUAUAGAAGGCGAUGAGGUUGAGGAUGAUGAAUUCGAUUUGGAUAUCGAUGAUGAUCACUCAGUGGAGGAAGAGGGUUCUGGGAACAGUGCCUUGACCGAGACUCAUGGUAAUUUCAAGGGCGAAACGAGAGGCGGAGAGAGGGAACACAACUUACUGCUUCUGCCUUCUCCCCAGAGUUACUCGUUGGUUUCAUUAAUGGAAACCUACAAAUUAGCCUUUGGUGCGGCGUUUAGAGCAGCUCCUUUGGAUACGCCUUCGACCUUGGACAUCGCUGUUUACGCUCCGUUCCUCUCCUCCCUCAAUGCUGUUCGUGGAAGGCAUUUCGACAAGACCCAACACUUAUUAGCCAGGUUAUACUCAAUCGUGAACUCUGUGGCCGUCGAGGAGAAACGGGAGCUUGCCGUGGAUGCCCGAAUCAUCCUCCUGAGUGAUAUAGGACCCAAGGAGGAAGAAAGGGCUUCCGGAUUUGGGCCAGUCAUUGGUUUACGUGAGCUUGCAAAAUCUGGGCGAGAAUGGAAGAACAUCAUUGUGGGAGCACAUAGCCCGGGAUCCUCAGAAGGACAAGAAAAUAGAGAGAAGGAAGAAGCGGAAGGCCAGGCCAUCGAAAAGGCAUUCUUGUGUUACCGUGGAGACAAGGUCACCGGAUACACCGAUGUCUGGCGGUGCGAAAUUGUCACUCUAAGCGAAGAGGAGCCAAAAGAAGCAGUUGAAAACGAUAAACUUGACGAUGCUGCAGUCGAGCACUUAAUAGUGGCUGGUAUGCCGUCUACAAGCACCACCUCCUUACAUCCAUUUGCUGACCCGUAUAAAGUUGGCGGAACAUUCGACCACCUCCACCCCGGCCACAAGCUCCUCCUAACAAUGACCGCCUUCCUCCUAUCACCGAACGCUGCAGCGCCCCGUCUCGUGGCGGGCAUAACUGGCGAAACCCUCCUCAUUAACAAGAAGCACAGCGCACACCUGGGCUCCUGGGACAGUCGCGCAGCUGAAGUCGUAGACUUCCUCCGCGGUAUCACUGACUUUUCCGCGAACCCAUCCCAACUCCUAACCUCGCCUUCAUCGUCAACGCCGGAGACGGACAUCACGCCUCGCUCAAUCACUGCCACUAUCCCCGGUGGCGAGAAGGAGCUUGUCAUCGAGACUGUAGAGAUCAAUGAUCCCUUUGGGCCCACGAUCACUAACGAGGCUAUCUCUGCGCUCGUCGUAUCCGAAGAGACGAAGAAUGGUGGCGAAGCGGUCAAUAAGAAGCGUACGGAGAAGAGUUGGGAUGCGCUGCAGGUGUAUAAGGUGGAUGUUAUCGAUAAUGAAGGGGGGGUCAAGAUGAGUAGUACGGAUAUUAGGAGAAAGUUGGAGGAGAGGAGUACUGCUUGAGUGGGAUACCUUGAUACCACUGUUUGUUAAUGGAUUUUGAAAUCAUAAGGAUGUUGGAUGAGUGGACGGAUGGAUGGAUGCAAGGGUUCUUUUUCCCUUUUUUGUGGUUUAUAUUCGGUAUAGAGGGAUUUGGUGGUAUAUGGGAUGGUACGGGGUGGGAAAAGUGGGAAUAUAAAACGGGUCGUUGUUGAAUACCGGCGACAUA